AUGGCAACGCUCGGACUCUUUUGUCGGGAAUCCAUUGCGUCCGCCCGAAUGACGCAUGGAUCCACCACGAGGUGUGUCGCGCUGCCUCAUCGGAGGCGAUGCGGCCGUCUGGCGUUCGAACGCGGUGGUGGACGCGCAACCCCUCUGUUGGCGCACCGACGCGGAGGUGAACGCACGAUGGGCGUCGUCCGACGCGAACAUGGCUCGGCGUACCUGCCAUGCAAGGCAGUGUGGGCGUGGGAGAUGGCGCCAGCCCUUGCGGCGGUGGACGUUGGCGAGACGGAGUCGCAUUCUCCGGCGCCCCGUAUGGUGCACCAGUUCGGACGCUGCAACCGCGUCGUGGUGGAUGUCGCCGGCUCCUCACAGACGAAUCCAUCAUCGAUCUCACAUCCACCGGCACCGUCAGGGCUUUGGCUUAUGCUCUUCUUUUCCAUCCCGUCCUCCUCCCAAAUUCUAGCAAUGGCAGAGCCGAUUCCAGCGGAUUCCAGCACCGCGGUCACGCCUCCAGUCUAUCGGAGACGCAAUUCCUCCGAGGAAUCACGCGGCAUUUCAAAUGCAGGCGGCAAGGAUCAUGGAGUGGCCAGCUCUGCAGGGGAGACUAGCCAGGCCGCCAUUUCUGCAGGCCCUCCAGAUAAGCUUGACCCGGAGUCGGCAAAGGCGUGCCUCGAGGUGGAGAAGACGCAGCCCAGGAUCCUCCCUCUUCUGGGGAAACCAUACUUUGCAUGCGUCGUUUGCAAGUCGCAUGUUCAGCAGCCAUUUCAAGUGGUGGUUCCAAGGUCGCUGGCGCCGUUCCUCCCGUCGAAGCCGACGUCGGCGACGCUGACCUGGCAGGGUCGGUCAUGGGAGAUGCGCUUCACAGGGGGGCGGCACAUCCAGCGGCUGGAGGCUGGGUGGCGGAGCUUCGCGCUGGACAACGCGCUGAGGCUCGGCGAUGGCUGCGUGUUCGAGCUGGUGGGGUGCGAUGGCGAGGGCAUCGUGUUCAGGGUGCAGGUGCUGCGCGCCGAGAUCCCGGCGAGUAUCCGGGAGAGGGCGGGCGGGUACACCCCGUCCAGCGCCAUCGUGCUAGACUAGCGGAGUAACCAUAACGUAUGUUACCUGCGUGGCUACGUGGACAUGCCAUAUGGCAUUGGGAUUUGAAGUGAACUCGAACCGAGAACUAUAACAAAACUAGUAGACUGCCCGUGGCAACCCACGCGCAUUUAAAAACAUUACCAGUUGCAUAUAUAAGCAUAAGCACUUAAAAUUUCACAUGUAUAGAAAAAAUACCCAUAACAAUUCUUGCACGCAACUGUAUGUGGCAGUAUCACUAAAGUGGUUGUCCUG